AUGUCCGGUCAGCACAAAUUAAACUGUAAGGGUCGUCUUUGUGCCACAUGCCACAAAUGUAUUGAUUGGUAUUUUACUGGGCAUCAAAAUACAUUCGAUUGGAUCCGAGAUUACAAACAUUGGACCAACCAAGACUGGGAUAGAUAUUAUAGUGAUCAGAUUUACAACCUUUUUAAAAAACGUGAUGGCGCGACUUGUGAUGAUUUUGGUCCUGCUCCUGCUCCUAAGGUUAUUCAUCGUAAUGGUCAUGAUUUUCAUUGUGAAGGUUCUUAUCGUAACACGUCUGAUGAUUCUACUUUUCUUAAGUAUCGUUAUCGUCCUGAUGAUGAUAGUAGUCUUGUGUGUAGUGGUUAUAAUAUUGAUCAUGAUCAUGAACGUUUUCGUCAUCUUUGUUUAUGCCAGGAGAGUGUUACAAAAUAA